CGAGCCUUAUAUCCUGCCCACGCCCGUCUGCUCUUACUCAAUCCCACUUCUACCGCCUGACAAAUCUACGAGUAAACGCUCCAGUACAAAAGCUCACCCCUCACCUCCAGAUCACCACUCAGCUCCCACACGACACAGAUUUUCCAAACACCACACAAAUAAUACUCAAAAUGUCUGACGACUGGAACUCCGUUACCAAGAUCGGCAGCCGCACCCGUGGUGGCGCCGCCGGACCCCGUGAGAGCGUCGUCAAGGGCAAGAGCGCACUGAACGCCGCCCAGCGCAGCGGUGCUGUCGUGUCGACAGACAAGAAGCAGUUCACCACUGCCAACACUGCCUCCGGCAACACAGAAGGACAGCGCCUGACUAAGGUCGACCGCUCCGACGACAUCAUCAAGCCCAAGACAGUCGGCGUCGCCGUCGGCCAGGCCAUCUCCAAGGCGCGCUCAGAAGCCAAGAACGACAAGGGUACCACCAUGACACAAAAGGACCUCGCGACCAAGUGCAACAGCACACCCACUAUCAUCGCCGACUUUGAGCGCGGCACUGCGACACCCGACCAAAAGCUGCUCGGCAACAUGGAGCGUGUGCUCAACGUCAUCCUGCGCGGUGAAAAGAUGGGCCAGCCCAAGUUCCCCAACAGGAAGUAAGCAGCGCGUAUCAGCUAGAGUCUGCGACGCGGCUCUUGGAUUGAUGGCUCGCUGUGGCGCUGGACGAUGGUCAUGUCUUUGGAUUAGCGGGCGUUAGAUGGAUAUUAUGGCGACGGAAUAUCAAAAUGGCAUUGCUAGCUGCAUCAGCUGGAGUGCUGGAGGUCAGACUGCCACAUCAGCCUUGCGAGACAGGGGCUUGGGUUAGGAUAGAUGAAUCCAUGAUUUACGACCCA